UUUCGGAGCAACGAUUUCUGCCUUGUUUUGCAGCCGCGGGCUGGAGCAGAGGGAGGUCGAGCGAGCAGCCAGCGCCCGUCGCCGCGGAGCCUCCUCCGCAGCCGCCCGCGCCAUGGCCGCGCUGCCCGGCACCGUGCCGCGGAUGAUGCGCCCGGCGCCGGGGCAGAACUACCCGCGCACCGGCUUCCCCCUGGAAGUCUCCACGCCGCUGGGCCAGGGCAGGGUGAACCAGCUCGGCGGGGUCUUCAUCAACGGGCGCCCGCUGCCCAACCACAUCCGCCACAAGAUCGUGGAGAUGGCUCACCACGGCAUCCGGCCCUGCGUGAUCUCCCGGCAGCUGCGCGUCUCCCACGGCUGCGUCUCCAAAAUCCUCUGCCGCUACCAGGAGACGGGCUCCAUCCGGCCCGGAGCCAUCGGCGGCAGCAAGCCCAGGCAGGUCGCGACUCCCGACGUGGAAAAGAAAAUCGAGGAAUAUAAGCGGGAGAAUCCCGGGAUGUUCAGCUGGGAGAUCCGGGACCGGCUGCUGAAGGACGGGCACUGCGACAGGAGCACGGUGCCCUCAGGUUUAGUGAGUUCGAUUAGCCGGGUGCUACGAAUCAAAUUCGGGAAGAAAGAGGAAGAGGAGGAUUGCGACAAGAAGGAGGAAGACGGGGAGAAGAAAGCCAAGCACAGCAUCGACGGCAUCCUGGGCGACAAAGGUAACAGGCUGGACGAAGGCUCUGACGUUGAAUCUGAACCGGACCUGCCUCUGAAGCGCAAGCAGCGCCGCAGCCGAACCACUUUCACUGCUGAGCAGCUAGAGGAGUUGGAGAAGGCCUUCGAGAGGACCCACUACCCGGACAUCUACACACGGGAGGAGCUAGCUCAGAGAACCAAGCUCACCGAGGCCCGUGUGCAGGUGUGGUUCAGUAACCGAAGAGCGAGGUGGCGCAAACAGGCGGGAGCGAACCAGCUUGCGGCUUUCAAUCACCUGCUGCCGGGGGGCUUCCCGCCGACAGGAAUGCCGACGCUCCCCCCGUACCAGCUGCCGGACUCCACCUACCCCACAACCACCAUUUCCCAAGACGGGGGAAGCACCGUACACAGACCCCAGCCGCUGCCGCCCUCCACCAUGCACCAGGGCGGGCUUGCCGCAGCAGCUGCUGCUGACACCGGCUCUGCCUACGGGGCCCGACACAGCUUCUCCAGCUACUCGGACAGUUUCAUGAAUGCUGCAGCUCCUGCCAACCACAUGAAUCCUGUUAGCAAUGGCCUCUCUCCACAGGUGAUGAGCAUUCUGAGCAACCCCAGCGGGGUUCCUCCGCAGCCCCAGGCUGACUUCUCCAUCUCUCCCCUUCACGGUGGCUUGGACACCACCAACUCCAUCUCCGCCAGCUGCAGCCAGCGGAGCGACUCCAUCAAGUCCGUGGACAGCCUCCCGACUUCACAGUCUUACUGUCCUCCCACCUACAGCACCACCAGUUACAGCGUGGACCCGGUGGCUGGCUACCAGUAUGGACAAUACGGACAAACCGCUGUUGAUUAUUUGGCCAAGAACGUGAGCCUGUCUACACAGCGUAGGAUGAAGCUGGGAGAACAUUCAGCCGUUCUGGGCCUCCUACCAGUAGAGACAGGCCAAGCUUACUGAAGAGUCCGACUGUGCCAACAACCCACUCCAGCAACUUGGUACCACUGCAGAAAACACCACCAGCCUUCCAGGGAUCUACCUGUACCCGGACCCUCCUCCUUCCCAAUUCCCUUCCAGCUAGCACCAGCUUGAGCUGCGGAGGAGACGGGAAAGAGGGGGAGGGCUCUCCAAGUAUCCGGCUCCUCACCGAGCACUCUCCUCAGAGGCGUGCCUGGCCUCUGUGACCUGACUCCUCCCGUGGCCAGAGACGACGGGUUGGGUACAUUUAUUAACCCUGAGUCCGUGCCCUCCCUCUAACCUACCUGGCCGGAAUGGCAUUUUGCCCACACUUAAGGACUUUCCAUUGAUCUAGGUAGUUGGCAUAGUCCAAGCCAAAUUGAUCUUUUUUGCUUUGUAAAAAAAGAAAUGUUUCAUUUCGUUUCCUUUUCUUUUCAUUGCUGUAAAUUUGGUGAAUGUUGUAUAGGAAGGAGUAACCAAGCUGAUCGUUAAGGGUGAUACAGUUCAGGACCACAGAAGACCUAUGGACCAAAUAGAAGAACUUGUUUAAAAAAAAACACACAAAAACAAACAAAAAAAUCAUAGACAUAAAUUAAAAUGACAGCCAAUUUCCCCACCCUACGCUACCCUUCUGUUCUCCCUGAUGGCUUCCCAAAGCAGGGCCGAAGCAGGCCAGAUUGCUGCUAAGCAGGGGCAAGAUGUAAGUCCGUCCAGCCUGGACCUUUGGAAAGUGUAAAUGUAAAUUGCUGCAUGAGGACUGGAGAUUCUGGGCACAGGCGGGAGCAACAUUUACUUUUCCUCCUAGGGACCAAGUUAGACCUGAUUAUCACUGAAAAGACAUUGGCAUCAGGUAGCAGCAGCAGGAGAUGUGAUAGCAAACGCUGGCCUUGGGUGCACAGAGGAAGGGCACGAGAUGCAUCUGAUCACGUCGGAGCUUUUGCCCACCCAGUCCAGAAGGGCGAGGGCUGUCAGAGGCCCUUCCUUCAUGCAGCACCCGCGAAGGGGGCGAGAGGCUGGCCGGGAGAGCAAAGACAGGAGAGGGAAGAGUCAGAAGAUGUUAGAUGCCUGUUCGGAGGGGCCAGUCUGCAAAGCCAGGUUCUUCUACAAGUAAGGGGCCAACUGAAAGAAAUGGUGCUCAUUCUAAAGGUGCUUCCUCACAGCUGCCUCCCGCUGAGGGAUGGGAUGUGGAUUUGGAGUCACGGCGAGGAGACGACCUGAAGAGUCUGUCUUGAAUUGCAGCUAGGAAGAAAAGGUGCCCUCAGCCACAACGUUGCACCUACUUGUACUGCAGAGAAAAGGAUCGUACACCUUACCGAUGGCACUCUUCAUCCUCUAGCUCCCAGGAGAGAUGCUUGCCCCUCGCCACCCUCCCAGCUCUUCCCCCACCCCGGCAUUUCGUGUGCUGUUCUGUACAGUUUGAUCUCACCGUUCCUUCUCUCUGCUUUCUGUUUCAGUGCUGGAGCCUCUCUCGCUCUAAGCCAGAUCUUGUUCUCUGGAUUUAUCACCCCCCUUUUCUGUAGCAGCCAGUGCUCUCGCUUUUGUAUCGGCUCAUGAUUCUGCUCAUCACAUUGCUCAGAUAAAAGCAGUCAACAAUAAGAGGUUAUUGCUAAGUCAUGAACCACAAGGGUUUUUAAAUAGUUUCCCUUUUGGAUGCGGUAAUGAUCCCUGGUGAUUCUUAAGCAGAUCUCUAACGUUACAGACUCUCUUUCCCUCUUCUUCCUGUGUUGGGAGAGCUCGUUUCAAGAACACGCUGAGGUUUGACCUGGAGAGGAUGAGGAAUGCUGCCACGGAAAUCACCGCCCUGAUGCACCGAAUCUGUGCCAGCCAGCAGCUGAUUAUUAUAAAGUCCAAUGUUGAAAAAACUGGCAACAGGCAGUAUAUAAAGUGUUGUAUAGAGCGUUAGUUAUAAUACACACUUUCAGCAGCGUUGGGAGAGCUUGGGACUUAAGGGAGAGACGUAUCCCAUUUGAGUUUAGGUGAUCUACAAUGUGCACACCUGUAUGAGCCGGUCACUCUAGGCUCCUUUCACAGUCAAGGGUUGGCAUUUUCAGUGUAUUUUUUAUGUCUGCUUUAGGAUGACGAGUGUCUGCUUUUGUCCACUGACUAUAAUGGGGAAGCACAUGAGUUCUGGUCUAGUAUAUGCCUGCUAGGGCCAGGUUGUUACAGGAGACACUUCUCCUGUGCCCUCUUCUGUUGCUGCUGCUUCCUCGCUUCUUUGCAAACAAUCUGAUCCUGUUUUUGCAGCUGAAACAACAUUUUUCUGGGGACCUAUCCCCUGCCUUGCCCCAAAAUCAUUUAUCAUGAGCCACCGAGCUGCUUUCUCUUGAGCCAUGUGGGCAAGUACCUGUUCUGACCAAAGCAGAGUUUUGCUUCUUAUGUUGCUCAGCAUCCUAUCAGAUACCACAUAUGGCUUUCAUCAGCUUUGCUUUACGGGUGUGACAGAGCCUGCUCUACAUUCCUAAAAGCAUAUUAAUACCCAGGCUUGACCAUUCUGCCUCUCACACUCACAUGCACGUUUCUGUGCUGGAGCUGGAAGGGUGACAACUGCAUCCAGAGAGUGUAUCACCAUCAUUUAUGCCACAGAGUCCUGAUUCGGUCUCUGCUUGUCCAGCUGUGUUGCUCGUAAAGCCUCCCUCUAACCGCAGAAGACGUUCCUUGGACCACAAAACUUCUGAAGCACUUGAAGCUUGCAUUCCUCAAUUCCUUUCUCAGGGCAAAAUACAGCACCUACAGCUGGAUGAAUAGGUGAGGCCAAAGGUACUGCUUUCCUUGAGGUGACUGCAGAGCCAAAAUGCAUCGGACCAGUAGCGUUAUCUGGAGCACUCUCCCUGCUUUGUGCCAGUUGGAGCUCUGGAAAAGAAACAAAAGACGCUGUUUUCUGUUGGCUUUGCUUUAGAUCUGAUACGAGGAAGAAUUCCCUUUCGAAUUCCAGUCCUGGCUUAAAUGUCCUUCCCGAGAACAGCAACCUUCAGCCACAUCCAAACCGGGGGAUCAAGGGCGAAAGCAAGGGUGUCUCUGAUAGACACUGCCCUAGAGAUUAAUGACUGAAAACCUGUUUGAAUUUGCUCCUGUGUCUCAGUAUCGUUCUGAACUGACUGCAGAAACAGCAGAGCGUAUGAUUUUCUUGCAUGCUACAAACAGUAUUUAACGAGAGGCCAAAUGAUGAUAACCACCCGGUUUGGGAGCACCUUCAGAUCUCCAGCCCGGUGCAUCUCCUUGCUCCUGGGAAAUGAAUUUGUAGACAGUGAUUGUCGGUCCCGUGUCUGACCUGGGCGUUUGAAAUCCUUUGUCGUAUCCCCGGUGCUUUAUAUCGCGAUUACUCAGCACCACUCCUGACCAAAUGCAUUCCUGGCUGCCUGCUAAACUAGAUGGAAAGCUUCAGUUUGCGAUGAGAAUUGCUUGUCUGCUGCUCCCGCUAGCAAAGACCUGUCAGCUCUCUUCUCCCCACCGUUAUUUUCUCAUGUUCCCUGGUGCGUGGGGGGGAAUACGCACGCACAGAGCCGCCCGCCUGCCCAGCGGCCCCGGACUGCGGACAGUUGGUCCUAGGAGCGAGUGCGUCCUUAAGGAGGACUUUAGCUGAGCUCAGAUCCAGAGUGCGGGACCCUGGAAGUAAAAAGUCCCCCAAAGUUGGCCAGUUACCUUCACCAGAAAGUCCCUGAACACCCGGGCACUGCUGUAAAUAGAGUUCUUAGAGGAAUAUGAAAAACGCCCCGUGCUAGCGCAAAUAGCUAUUCUCUGACCUUUCCCUCGUGGUCGCACUUUGUACAUUAGGUGGAAAUUUGGUCAUGUGCUGUAUGUUUAUAGAAAGUUGACAUUUUUUUAUAACUAAAAACACAGUGAGUGCCGUGCUAGUUAAAGAAAAAGGGGAGGGGGGGGCGCGAACUGUAGAAAUUUGCCUAUCGUGUGUUUUCAAAAUACAUUCCAGCAUCUUUGGGGUGGGAUGGGUUGAUUUGGGGAUUUCUUUUUUUUUUUUUUUCGGUUUCUUUGUUUUGUUUUAAGGUACGUUCAUGUAUGAAAGUCCAAGUAUUUUUUCGUUUCGUUUUGUUUUAUGGAUCGCCAAGCUCGGUUCUGCUGAGAAGAGACAAACUCAGGGGGUGGGACGGGGAGGGGGGACAGAACAGGGAGGUGCCUUGAAGGCGAAACAAAACCAAGCGUGGAAGAGUAGCAACGGGCAGCAGACAAGCGAUGGACAGUGGGACCCCGAAGAGCGCGUGGUCGCGGUCGCUCGAAGCGGACCGAGUGGGGACUGAGCAGUUACUACCGGUGACUCUGAGGGUGCCUGGGAAUCCCAAAACCGUGCUGCACCUCGCACACGCCAACCAGCAAGCUACGGGACGCACUCAAGAGACGUUCUCUCAGGUCGACGUUUCUUCCAUGCCUGCGAACAAGAACUGACAUCCUCGGGGGAAAGCAAAGCCGGCGAGGGGGUUUCUUUCCCCUCCCGCACCGCUGCCUUCACCUCUCGGCGCCGUCCUGAGACCACGAUGGACGUUUUCUCACUGUGCCCAGUAACUCAGCAGAUUUGGCUCCUGUCGCUCAGAGACUUUGUGUAUUUAAUGCUUCUAACCCGUCAUCCCUAACACCUCCAUAUACCCGCCUGGGGAAUAUCUACAUAGCACUAUAGGACAUUCCUUAUUCCUAGUAACUGCGGAUAUGUUGCUUCUGUGUUUGCCUCAUAGCCAUUUUGCUCCAUGUGUGUGCCUGCGUGUGAGUAUGUGUGCGUGCGCGUGCGUGCCUGCCGGCGUGUGUGUAUAUAUAUAAUCGCACCAUAAUUUAUUCAGCUAUAUGGAGUAGUAUAGUAGAAAGAGAAACUGGUAUUUGCUUUAACUACCUGCUGCCUGUAGGUGUCUCUCUGUAACUCAGGCAUAACUGUUAUACAUUAAAAAAAAGGAUUAAAAGUG